UUCUCUGCGGACUAGCUGCCAGAAAUGACGUCCACCCUAGUCCAGCAUCAGAGAAUAAGAACUUCAGAGGAAGGAAUGCGACUUCAUAAAUAGCAAACCACAGCCACUAAUGGGGAGCAGAGGCAGACCUGCAGGUUAACAGACUGUGCAGAAGCCCACACGUCCAUGCCGCGCAGAGAUUCCAACAUGAUCGCAACUCUAGCCUUCGCUUUCCUCCUGAGCCUCUGUUCUUUUACAUCAAGUCAGAUGACAAGUGUUGGAGGAGGCGAUGUCGGGCCCCAGAUGCUGGCUGAGAUGAGAGAGACGAACAGGGUGCUGCUGGAAGUCAGAGACUUGCUGAAACAGCAGAUCAAGGAGAUAACUUUCCUGAAGAACACGGUCAUGGAGUGUGAUGCCUGUGGCAUGCACACAGAGGUGACUGGCCCAGGGAUCAGCAUGACAGCAUUCAACAGAUGCGUACCAAACCCUUGUUUCCCCGGCGUUACCUGUACCCAGACCAGCACCGAACCUGGCUUCCACUGUGGAGGCUGCCCUCCAGGAUAUACAGGCAAUGGGACACAUUGCACAGACAUCAAUGAGUGCUCUGUCAAUCCCUGCUUCGCCAAAGUCCACUGCACCAACACAGCACCUGGCUACCGUUGUGACCCCUGCCCUCCUGGUUACUCUGGCCAACCUGUGGAAGGGGUUGGACUACCCUUUGCCAGAGCCAACAGACAGGUUUGCACUGACAUCAACGAGUGCGAGACGCCUGGCGCCACCACCUGCGUCCCCAACUCCAUCUGCAUCAACACCCGGGGAUCCUACAAGUGUGGGGCUUGUAAGCCUGGCUUCAUUGGGGACCAAGUCACUGGGUGCAGAAGCCAGACACAGAGACGUUGUCCUAACGGGGAACUCAGCCCAUGCCAUGAGAAGGCUGAGUGCAUCGUUGAGCGCGAUGGGAGCAUCUCUUGUGUGUGCAUCGUAGGGUGGGCAGGGAAUGGCUACAUCUGCGGGAAGGACACCGACAUCGAUGGGUUCCCUGAUGAGAAGCUGCGCUGCACAGACCGGAAGUGCCGCAAGGACAACUGCCUGACCGUCCCCAACUCUGGCCAGGAGGAUGCAGACAGGGAUGGCAUUGGCGAUGCAUGUGAUGAUGAUGCGGAUGGAGACGGGAUAUUAAAUACUGAGGACAACUGUGUCUUUGUGCGCAAUACGGACCAGCGCAAUGCAGACAAGGACAGCUUUGGUGACGUCUGUGACAACUGCCGGAACGUGAAGAACAACGACCAGCGGGACAUUGACGGCGAUGGGAAGGGCGACAAGUGUGACGACGACAUGGAUGGAGACACGAUCAAGAAUGCAGUGGACAACUGUAAGAAGAUCCCUAACCCUGAUCAGAAGGACAGUGAUGGGGACGGCGUAGGCGAUGUGUGCGACAGCUGCCCAACCAUCAGCAACCCAGACCAGAAAGAUACAGACCAUGACCUUGUGGGAGAUGUCUGUGACACCAACCAGGACCAAGAUGGGGACGGCCACCAGGACUCGCGAGACAACUGCCCCACAGUGCCCAACAGCUCCCAGCAGGACACCGAUGGUGAUGGGGUUGGAGACGAGUGUGAUGAUGAUGACGACAAUGACGGCAUCCCUGAUACCAAACCUCCGGGCCCCGACAACUGCCGGCUGGUCCCCAACCCUGGCCAAGAGGAUACAGAUGGUGACGGUGUGGGGAACCUGUGUGAAGAUGACUUUGACAGUGACAGGGUGAUCGACAGAAUCGACGUGUGCCCAGAGAACGCGGAGGUGACGCUGACAGACUUCAGGGCUUUCCAGACUGUUGUGCUGGACCCAGAGGGUGAUGCACAGAUUGACCCCAACUGGAUCGUCCUCAAUCAGGGCAUGGAAAUCGUCCAGACCAUGAACAGCGACCCCGGCCUGGCUGUGGGUUACACUGCAUUCAACGGCGUGGAUUUUGAGGGCACCUUCCACGUCAACACUGCUACGGAUGACGACUAUGCUGGCUUUAUAUUCGGCUAUCAGGACAGCGCCAGCUUCUAUGUUGUCAUGUGGAAGCAGAUGGAGCAGACCUACUGGCAGGCGAAUCCUUUCCGAGCAGUAGCUGAGCCUGGCAUUCAGCUGAAGGCCGUGAAGUCUAAAACGGGCCCGGGCGAGUAUCUUCGCAAUUCCCUGUGGCACACAGGAGACACCACCGACCAGGUUAAACUGCUGUGGAAAGACCCUCGUAACGUUGGCUGGAAGGACAAGACCUCUUACCGCUGGUUCCUCCAGCACCGGCCCCAAGUUGGCUAUAUCAGAGCUCGCUUCUACGAAGGCCCUGAAAUGGUAGCGGACACCGGUGUGGUCCUUGAUACAACCAUGCGAGGGGGUCGCUUGGGCGUCUUCUGCUUCUCCCAGGAGAACAUCAUCUGGUCAAACCUGCGCUACCGUUGCAAUGACACCAUUCCAGGAGAUUACGAGACAUUCCAGACCCAGCAGAACCAGCACAGGGUUUAAGUUUGUCCGAAACUUGCUUUAAAAAAAGUGCUCAGCUGCCAACUCUUGCCUCUCUGAUAUACUGAACCAAGAACUGUAAGUACCACUGCGCUCUGCACAGCACCAGGUGUCACUGCGUAGCUGGCCUCUUCCCCACAGCAGCAACUCUCUGCUAUGCAAGACUGUUGGCAUUGCAGACGGGUAGAGUUCAAGCAUGAAUAGAAGCCAAAAUGACUAUGCUGGUAGCACUAGCUCUCCACCACGUGGACACAGAUGUGCAGAGGGAGGAGCUACCUGCAGUGGCUGGAACUGUGCGAGUGCGUAGCGUGGAUGGGUUUCCUGGAAUGUUCCCCCACUUGGUGGCUCUGAAGUUCCUUUCCUUCUCUGUGUUCAGUCGAGUCUUACUGCCAGAAACACGCACGUGGCGGUGGGGCCGGGGGCUGCACUGCUCACAGAACAUGAAACACACUUUACGAGGGCACCUUUGUUCUGGAAUGUUUGGAUAAUAAACGAUCUCAUACUUCCCCUUGAUCACUGACCCCUUGGGCUCCCUCAGUGACCGGCUGCAGACAAGGGAGCAGCUGGAGAUACUGGCACACAAGUACUUCUUCCCCAGUCCUUCGGGUACAAGGGCAGAAGAGAAGCUCCCAGCUGGCGGAUGGGACCACAUGGGAUGCCACAUGUGCCAGCUGAAACCCCACUGUCUUGCACUGUGGAGUUCAGCUGAGGCAAGCCACUACUAGCUCAGUGUGCCAGUUAUAGCUAGAGCUCCUAUCAGUGUUAGAAGAAGGUACUGGAAAUGACUGUUUAUGAGGAGAGGCUGAGGGAACUGGGCUGAUCUAGUCUGGAGAAGAGAAGACAGAGGGGGGUUUAAGAGCAGCCUUCAGCUCCCUG